UGGCGACUCGGAGUUGUCGCCAUUGUGAAUUGUGCAGGCGGAGGCGGCUGGGCCGCCCGCAGCGGGGGAUCUCGGACGGGACCAGAGCAGACGCGACGCAGGCUCAGGUAUUGCUGCAGCUAGUAAAAUGCUGUAGUGAGGGUGUCGGGGAAUAGAGGAAUGUUGUCAGUCAAGGAAGCCUAACACUGAGAAUGGAGUCUAAACCUUCAAGGAUUCCUCGAAAGAUAUCAGUUCAACCCUCCAGUUCCUCCUCUUUAAGUGCCAGAACAUUAUCUGGAAGCAGAGGAAGCAGUUUAACCAAUGCAUAUCAUACAAGAGAAUCUUCACUGAGACUGGAUUCUGGAUGUCAGGAAUCCAAUCUGUUGCAUAGUUCCAGUAGAGUCUGGGGAAUUGGAGAAAGAGGAGAAGCUCAUGAAACUCCUUGGAAGCUUACUAGUUCCUCUCCAACUCGCUACUCGGGGACACUUGAUCGUCCAUGGUCUGGAAGAUUUUUGGGAAGCAGAAGCAGAUUGUCCACAUCUGCCUCCUCUCCUCUUUCAUCUACUUGGUAUGGUGAAUCCGAGAGAACUCAGGGAGCACACUCAAGACUACAUAACCAGCAGCGGGAUAGUGAUUCAAAGAGACCUAAGCUUUCCUAUACAUCUACCUCUUCUGUGAGAAGUAAUGGCUUAAAUACAGUUUCAGAUUCCUCCUGGAGGUAUAAUCAGGUUCCUAGAUCUUCGUCAGUGGUACUCAGUUCUCUGGGAACUGAGCUAGUGAGAGAGAGGAGAGAGCUAGAAAGGAGAACAGAUCCAUCUGUUAGUAGUCUUGUGGAUUAUAGUCACAGGAAUGGUGACUUUACAUCUUCAGCAUAUCUUCAGGAUAGACCUGCCUCUUCAUAUGCACAGGGAGCGAGACCAAAAGAUAAUUCAUUGAGCACUUUGAGGCUGAAUACGUCCAUGAACCGCCAGUUGCCUUCUGAACAUGACUCAUCUUUAUUCUCUGGAGUCUCUGGCAGGAGCUCUUCAAGAUCUAACUAUUCUACAAGGGAAACGGAAUCUUCCCAAAGGAAUAUACAGCCAGAGUUUACCCACAUUGCCAUUAGAGAUGAAAUUCCCUCCACAAGCAGCACUGAAAGAGUUGCGUCUCAAAGGUCACUUAGUGAGCCUCCAGCAGAUACUGAAGGAAGGCGUACAACUAGACAAUUACUAUCUCGUUUAGCUUCAAGUAUGUCAUCUACAUUUUUCUCACGGAGGUCUAGCCAAGACUCAUUAAAUGCAAGAUCAUCAGAUUCUGAAGAUUCAUGUGUAGUCCCAAGAGUUCAAACUUCAACCCAAUCUAGCACUAAUGCAACUGCACGUCCUGAAGUUCCAGGCAUUCAGACACCUGAAACUUCUCAGGGAUUUAGCUUCCUUAGACGAAGAUGGGGCUUAUCAGGUGUUUCACAGAAUCAUAGUUCUGAUUCAGAUGCUGAAAGUUACAGACAAGAGCCUGAAAGUAGAAAUACAGGAUCCUGGUUAUCAUCAUCUCUAAGAAAUAGAUGUACACCUCUGUUCUCCAGAAGAAGGCGAGAAGGAAGAGAUGAAUCUGCAAGAACCUCUACCUCUGAAACACCUGCUAGAUCACUGCACCUCUUUAGGAGAAGAGAGUCUAGCGAAGAGACUCCUCUUGAAGCACAGAGCAGCUCCCCUGGGGCUGCUGCCAACAGACCACCAACACCAGCAGUAUCUAGCAGUCCUACAACUACUGCUUCCACAUCAGAUGCAUCUCACAGUAGAAGUAGUUCUGGAAUAUCAGGAAUUCUUCCCGGCUCUUUAUUCCGGUUUGCAGUGCCCCCAGCAUUAGGGAGCAGCAUAUCUGACAAUGUUAUGAUAACAGUAGAUAUUAUUCCCUCCGGUUGGAAUCAACCUGAUGGAGAAGAAAGUGACAAGUCUAAAAUAUUACCUUCAAGAGAUCCUGAAAGACUCCAGAAAAUUAAAGAGAGCCUCCUGUUAGAGGACACUGAAGAGGAGGAAGGUGAUUUAUGUAGAAUCUGCCAGAUGUCAUCGGCAUCUUCUACCAACCUCUUAAUAGAGCCAUGCAAAUGCACUGGAAGUCUGCAAUAUGUUCAUCAGGAAUGCAUGAAAAAAUGGCUGCAGUCCAAGAUUAAUUCUGGUUCUUCUUUGGAAGCAGUAACUACCUGUGAGCUGUGUAAAGAGAAGUUGCAUCUUAAUCUUGAGGAUUUUGAUAUUCAUGAACUCUAUAGGGCACAUGCAAAUGAACAAGCAGACUAUGAAUUUAUCAGCUCUGGUCUCUACCUUGUAGUGUUAUUACACUUGUGUGAACAACGCUUUUCUGAUAUGCUGGGAACUGCAAGUGAGGCCAGCACACGUGUCAGGCUUCAGAGGAUGAUUCCGAAGACAGUGAUGCUGGCAGAAGUUUUGACACUGCUUAAUGCUGCAAGAGCCAAACAGAAGUGCUGCAAAGAUGCUGAACUAGCAAGAAAGUACCAUCAAUAUGCAUUUAUUUUUUGCUCUCUUUAGUAGAAAGCGCAUUGAAUAUUACUAUAGUUUUUUUAAAGCAUUACUGAACUCAAUCUGUUGCUGCAUACCAGAACAUAAACAGUGAAUCUGAAAACUAUUCAGCAAGGUGUGCAAGAGUUAGAUAUACCACGCUGUAUCCCCUUUGAGAUGGGAUCUUAUGCCUUGUUUUGAAAAAGUAGAUUUUAAAUAUUUAAGGAAGUCAUAUCUCCCUUUCUAUUAACGUCUUACUGUAGUCAGAUUGCUGGAUUGGUCUAUCAAGUGUUUCUCCUAUAUUGGUAAUUGUGUGUUUUGGGGUGGCGGGACCCAUGUACUUAUAGCAUAAAUUUUCAUUUAAAAAAUGCUUAUGUUGUAGUUUCUUAUAAUCACUUGCUUCCAGUAUUAACAUAGGAUGAAUGGGUACUGUAAAACUACAGUGUUCAGUUUCCAAAUUUUAUUUGAAGAGUGUUAAACUCAAUAGCAAUAAGAACUUGCAAGGGGCUUAUACUAUUAAAGUGUUAAUGAUGGCUUUUUUUAUGUACUGAUUUGGAAAUUUGAGAUUAUAUUUGAUAUUAUGUGGAUAUUCCAUUAAGGAAAUAUUGCAGCUGUAAACUCUUGCAUUUCUGCCAGGAAUGCCAAAAUGCAACUUGAUAGGAUUUAAAAUCUUAAUUGACCUGUUUAGUUUAAAAACCUUUUUUAGAUCCCACAUUCACUGUUAAAGCACUGGUUAUAUCAAUGUGUUUUCUAGUGUUGUCACUUCUUUAUAAAUAAAGAUGAUGCAUAGAACCGUGCUGGAAUGUUCCUUUUUUAAACAUGGAUAACUGUAGAAUGGUCUCCCUAAAUUUAACAUGGUAGCAAGAUCUACACAUCUCAACUUGUAAGUCUGGUAACAUAUAGACUGUCUUAAUGUUCUCUGUAUAACCUGGGGAACAAUUUACUGGUAUAAAAAAUAAUACCACUCUGGGAAGAAGUUAAGAAUGUAUAUGCAACCUGUCAUGUACAGAAAAAAGAGCCUUUCUGUAGGAUACUUAAAAUUAUCUAGGGUCAGAUCUCUACCUAUUUUUUUUUUUUUUUACAGCUGCAUUUGCUUAGACACAUCUGUCAAGGAGUAGAUUACUAGUGACAACUUUUUCAAGGGAAACAGAUACAUAACAUGGUCAAGGAGAGUCCCUCUAUUCCAACUAAAUCUCUUGUUCGAUACUAUUAUAAGUAGAAUUCUUCCUUCAAACUCAAUUUGUAAUAUGCAUAAGCACUCUAGAAUUUACCAAUUCUGAGAUUAAAAGAUGCCCUAUUGGAUUAUCUAGGAAGUCCACUGCCAACACAGGCCAGUUCUUGACAGUGUAUAGCUGAAACAAGUUUUAAGUGACUAGUAACAUGGCUUCUGCUACUUCCUGCCAUGGAGGAGGUGUGGUCACUUAAGACUCCCCUACUAGGCCUAAGCAACAUUUUGCUGGGCCCAGGACAAAUUCAUAACACAGGCUCCUAUCCCAUCCUAUACAGACAGACACUAAUGAAAGAAAAAAUAUUUUAUUUUUGAAAGGGCACACACAGGCCUUAAUCACUUUACAACUUUAGUCUGGCCUUUUUCAUUGCAAAAUCACAAACUAUCUUACUACAUUUUUUUUUUAGGUCACACACAGACAAAACAACAUGACAUAAGUAUUACCUAUGCUAGAGUAGAUAAUCUACAGUUUUUGAUGAGUGCUAGGUUGCUGAAACUAUUUUCAGCUUCUGCCUAUCACCAGCAGUGAACAAAACAUUCUUAAGACUAUGUACGCUUCACUGAAAAUUACUUGUUUUUUUGUUCAUCUCCUUAAGUAAGAUAAGUAAUGGCAGUUCAAGUUCCUUCCCAAAAGUAGAUUUUUUUUAGCUAGUCUUGCAGAAUCUUUUUUCUUGUAUGAAGUCUUGCAUUUGAGAAAAAAUUCAGCAAAACUGGAACCAUCCACAUCUUUUGGUCUUGACUUCUGAAUUUUGAAAAUGCAGUACACCAAAUUAAAAAAAUAGAUUAAUAAUCUAACAUGUUUAGCCACAAUUCUGAAUCUUAAAAAAAAAUAAUAAAAUAAAUGGAAACCCCAACCCUUCCCCCCCCUCCCCCAACAUGCAUCAGUAAGGAAUGCAGCACUACGUUCUCUUGCUUGUUGAAAACUUGAGUAUGAUGGUACUAUUACCAUGAUUACCUUUGGAAGUCCUUAAAUUGGAAUCACUAUUCAUCUGGCUGCUGUCCUUCAAUUUCCACAGUCUCUAUAUUGAAAUCACCACAAUAUUUCUGUUUUUCUUCAUUUGGUUUCCCAGUUUGUGCAGUGCGUGAACCAGGCUGUUGAGGCCUUCUCUGACUAGAAAAAUUAGACCAUUGAUUGACAUCCUUCAGCUUCUUUUCUUUAAACUCUUGGAGUUUCUGGCUGUCUGAUUUGUAUUUAUAGCCAGACAUGGCAAUAUUAGUGAUACACCAGUGAUCAAUGCCCUCUAUGCAGCCUGAAGGUACUGUUGUGUCUCAACCCUUUUAGGCACCCCGCACGACUAGCUCACUGUUCAGAAUGUUGCUUCUGUUCAAAUACCACAUCUGAUGGGCUCAGGUAGAUUGCAAGAUCUAGAUGCUGCAUAGAUCCACAGGUACAAUCAAAUAUACUGAGAUUAUAUAAGUAAUGUUUAGUCAAACUCAAACAUCUAAAAUUUUAGCCUGAUUUUUUUUCUCAUGGUGAUAGAUGAGCUUGUGGCCCUCUGCCUGGGCUCCUUGGUGGAUCAGGCCCCCGUAAUGUAUUCCCACCAUUUCACCUCACUUCACUUGGGGCCUGCUUAAACUGAAUUUUUUAAAAAAAAAUCUACCUUCCUUUACCACGGAAGCUUACACAUACUUACAUUUUGUAGUGCACUCUGAACAGACUAGUUUUCCUCUAGUGAGGUUUACUACUUAAGUUUGCAUAAGUGAGCAUGAUUACUGCUGUCAUGCCUGUAGGUAUGUACAUCUACACUUAAAA